AUGAAGCUCAACCCGACGAAAUGCUCAUUUGGGGUCAGUUCUAGCAAUUUCCUUGGGUACAUCGUAACCCACCGUGGCAUCAAGGCCAACCCUGAGAAAAUCAGGGCCAUUCAUUCAAUCCCUACCCCGAAGAACGUCAAGGAGGUUCAGAAGCUAACGGGAAGGAUGUCAACCUUGAGCAGAUUUAUCUCAAUACUCUCCGACAAAUCUCACGCCUUUUUCGGAACUCUCAAGAAUCCGAAGGAUUUCCAGUGGACGGAAGAAUCGAUCUCCGAACACGCCGUGAGCGCCGUCUUAGUUCGCGAGGAGGAAAACAAGCAACUACCAAUCUAUUACGUAAGCAAGGCUCUCCUAGACGCGGAGACCCGCUAUAGCCACCUAGAAAACCUAGCCUUGGCCCUGAUAGUCGCCGCUUGCAAGCUCCGACCCUACUUCCAGGCUCACCCAAUCGUGGUUGUUACCUCUUUCCCUGUAAAGUUGGUCCUCCAUAAACCAGAAGUCUCCGGACGCCUAGCCAAAUUGGCUGUGGAACUAGGAGAGUACGAUGUAAUAUUUCGACCCGCCACGGUUAUAAAGUCACAGGUCCUAGCAGACUUCGUGGCUGAAUUCUCCCCUGCCUUGCUCCCAGCUCUAGAGCAGGAGCCAGAUGAGUAUCCCCUGCUCGUGCUUCAAUGGCCAGCUACCCUGGAGGAACCCCCAUCAGAGGAGGUCUCCGCCGUCGAAGAAGGCGAAACCUGGAUGACCCCCUUAAUCCGGUUCCUGGAGGCCGACACCCUCCCGGAAGACCGUAGCGAGGCCAGAAAGAUCAAGAAGCAAACCGCGAGGUACUGUAUCUCCCAGGAGAAGCUGUACCGGAGAUCUUUCUUUGGCCCAUACCUUAGGUGUGUCACACCCCGAGAGGCCGCUAGAAUCCUUGUAGAACUACAUGAAGGAGAUUGUGGACCCCACUCUAGCGGCAGAAGCCUGGUGCUCAGAGCCAGAAGGGCUGGUUACUACUGGCCCACAACGGCUGCUGACGCCGACAGACCAGCCGAGCACUGCGACCAAUGCCAAAGGGUCCCCCAUGAGAUCGUCACCGACAGUGGACCCAAGUUCACGAACCACAACUUCAAGGAGUUCUGCAAGGACUGGGGCAUAAAACUACCUUUAGCCACACCCCGACACCCCCAAACUAAUGGACAAGCCGAGUCCACAAACAAAACAGUGGUCAAUAUGUUUAAAAAUCAACUGGAGGGCUCUCACGGGAAAUGGGCGGAAGAACUACAAGGAGUCCUCUGGGCCUACCCCACCGCUCCCAAAACAGCAACAGGGGAAACCCCCUACUCGCUAGUCUUCGGCUCUGAGGCCAUUGUACCUACAGAGAUGCACGUAAGAACAACGCUCUCCGGAUCUACCUAUCAGGAGGAGAACAACGAGCUGUUGGCGCUAAGCCUCGACCUGCUCAACGAAAAAGGAGAGGCCGCUCGACUAAGAAACUGGUCCUACAAGCAAAACGUCGCUAGGACGUAUAACAAGAAACCUUAG